AUGGUGACGACACCCCGGCCGGGGGCGGCGGGCCGAGGCGGCUCGAGAGGUGGGGCCUGUGAGGGCCGGGGCCGAGGGGCGGCCGGUGUCUCCCCUGCUGCAGGGCCGGCUUUUGGUCCAAAUUCUCGAACUGGGACAACCAGUGCCCCCAGUACACGGCGUUACCGCGGUCGCUGCUGUGUCCUUGCGAGCAGAAGGCGGUACUCGGGGCGAGGAGGUGGGGGGCGCAUGCGCAGUACAGCGCAAACCCUGGUACUGCAGACAGGUUCAGUUUUUGGAAGUGAAAUGCAUAUUGAACUAAGGACAAAGAGGCGCGUGCAGCAAAGGAUACCAUGGUCAUCUUACAAGGCACCGGCCCCCGCGGGGGCUCCGCUGGAGGCGCCCGGCGCGGCCCGCGCCGCCUCCCCGCCCCUCCCAAGGUCGCGGGGGCACCGCCACCCCCAGUCCCCUCCCGCGCGUCGGGGGUCCCGCGGGGCGUCGGGGGCGGAGCGGGGCAUCACCGCGCAGCGCCCGGGCCCUGCGGAUCUCCGGCUGCAUUCUCGGGAGUGGAGCUCGAUGCUGUGCCGCACCACCGGCUCGUUUCCCUGGCCACUUCACAGGGCACCCUGCAGCUGUGGGGGUCUGUCCAUCCCCCGUUUCCCCCCAUCCCCUUGCUUCAUACUCUCCCUCUGCACAGACAACCUCUGGAGCGACCAGAGCCUGGAGACAGAUCCUGACCUCCCCCCAGGCUGGAGGAAAAUCCGAGACUCUCUGGGCACCUACUACUGGCAUGUGCCAACCGGCACAACGCAGUGGCAGCACCCUGCACACACCACCAGCCCGGGAGGGCGCCUGGAGGCUGAUGGAGAGGAGACAUUCCAAGGAAUGGACUGCCAGGCCCCCAGGACAAAGCACUCGGCAAAGGACAGGCCCAUUCCCAGCCCCAUGGCUUCGCUGUCCCGGAGGACCUCACUGCCCUGGCACGGAGAUGACUUCCAGCGCAGCACAGAUCCUGGCUCCAAGUGCUUUGCUGUGCGCUCGCUGGGCUGGGUGGAGAUCCCCGAGGAGGACCUGGCACCUGGAAAGAGCAGCAUCGCUGUCAACAACUGCAUCCAGCAGCUCUCCAACAACAAGGGCUCUGUGGAGAACCGGGGCGAGGGCCAGGACCUGGUGAUGAUCUUGAAGAAGGACACCAUGAGCCUGGUGGACCCCCUCGACCGCAGCCUCAUCCACCGCCAGCCCAUCCUCAACAUCCGUGUCUGGGGUGUUGGCUGCAACAACGGCAGGGACAGAGACUUUGCCUUUGUGGCCAGUGACAAAGACACCUGUGUCCUCAAGUGUCACGUCUUCCACUGCAACGUGCCCGCCAAAGGCAUCGCCAAGGCCCUGCAUGAGAUGUGCUCCAAGAUCAUGGCUGAGCGAGCUGUAGUGAGCUGUGGGCAACCAUGCACCACCACGCUGGGGUCCAUCUCCACUGAAGACCUGCCGCUGCAAGUGGAUAUCCUGGAAGCGGUGAGGCAGUCGAUGCAGACCUAUGAGGCGCUGUACAUUGGCAGCCUGCCCGUGCCCAGGGCCAUGGGGAUGGAUGUGCUGAACGAGGCCAUUGAGAAGCUGACAAGGGGCCCCGGGCGGGAGCACUGGACACCCUCCCUCAUCCGCGUGUCUGACACAGCCAUGAGGGUGCACCCUGUGCAGGAGGAUGAGGAUGCAGCGCACAUCUGGGAGUGCCAGGUGCGGUAUGUGACCUUCCUGGGAGUGGGCCGGGACGCCCACACCUUUGCACUCAUCGUGGACACAGGGCGACGCUUCCAGUGUGCGGCCUUCUGGUGUGAGCCUGACGCUGGCACCAUCUCGGAGGCAGUGCAGGCAGCCUGCAUGGUGCAAUACCAGAAGUGCCUAGUGGCCGCUGCACCGGGGACAAAGCCGAAGGGUGCGACAGGGCGGGAUGGGCCCGGCCCGGCGGCCUCGGGGGACGCAGCCAGCGGGGCGAGCAAGGCCAGCGGGGGCAGCGGAGGCCCGGCGGGGGCCGGUGCCCGCAAGCGAGGCCUCUUCUCCUUCCUGGAGGCCUUCCGCCUCAGGCGAGCCCUCCUCCACACCCCAUAGC